ACUCACAACGUGACCUCGAACUACCUUCUCUCUCUCUCUCUCUCUCUCUCUCUCUCUCUCUCUCUCUCUCUCUCUCUCUCAUGGGCAGUUACUCAUUUGCAGCCCCUGCAGCGCUGGUCCUGGUCCUACUCCUCCUCAUUCCCUUCUUCUUCUUCAACCAGAUACAUGGGGAGUCCUAUGACCGCAUUGAUAAUGGAGCACUAGCAGCAGCAGGUGGGUUCGAACCCAACGGCGCCUGUGAUCUGUUCAAAGGGAGUUGGGUGUACGAUAACUCGUAUCCUCUGUACGAAGCAACGGCGUGCCCGUUCGUGGAGAAGGAAUUCGAUUGCCUGAAGAACGGCCGGCCGGAUAGAGACUACCUCAAGUACAGAUGGCAGCCCUCUGGAUGCAGUUUACCAAGGUUUAAUGGUGCAGAGUUGUUGUGGAGAUUGAGAGGGAAACGCCUCUUGUUUGUAGGAGACUCUCUGAGCCUCAACCAGUGGCAGUCACUCACUUGCAUGAUUCACGUGGCAGUACCACGGGCCAAGUACACCUUACAGAGGACUCAAGGCCUUUCUACUUUCACAUUCCCGACGUACAACGCUUCGAUUAUGUUCGAUCGCAAUGCUUUCCUAGUUGAUAUCAUGAGCGAAGAAAGUGGACGGGUUCUCAAACUUGAUUCGAUCCAGAGCGGCACAAUGUGGAAAGGGAUGGACGUAUUGAUAUUCAACUCAUGGCACUGGUGGCUUCACACCGGAAGGAAACAACCAUGGGAUGUUAUUCAAGAUGGGAGUGCUGUAUACAAAGACAUGGUUCGUUUGGUUGCCUACGAGAAAGCUCUGAAUACAUGGGCCAGAUGGGUUGAGUCCAACAUUGAUCCUACAAAAACCAGAGUCAUUUUCCAAGGUGUAUCGCCUGAUCAUGCCAAUGGAAGCGAUUGGGCCCAGCCGAAGGCGGACUGCAGAGGACAAACCCGACCCGUGGCGGGCUCAAAUUAUCCAGCCGGCCCCCAUCCGGCAGAAUUGGUGGCGGAGAAAGUGUUGAGAGCAAUGUCCAAGCCAGUGUAUUUGCUAAACAUAACACCCCUUUCCCAACUAAGGAAAGAUGGGCACCCAUCUGCUUACGGGCUGGGCGGCCACAGUGGGCUGGACUGCAGCCACUGGUGCAUCGCCGGGGUUCCCGAUACUUGGAAUCAACUCCUGUAUGCAGCCCUCAUUUCAAGAUAGACCAUUCUUUUUGAGUAGUGCUAGAACCACACGCACGUUUGCACGCAGAAGUGCACAAACACAUUCACAACGUGUGCGAAGUGUGUGGUUUCUGGUUCUGGCAUUUUUAUUGCUUUCUUACCAAAACAAACAGUGAUUUGUUUGUUCUUUCUCAUACACAGUGAAUAAAAGCAUCUUGGAGCCGCAAACGAUUGUUUAGCCA